GCUAUUGUCCGGGACGCCCAGCUUGCGUCCACGCACACUGCCUUUGCGCUUCUGCGCUGUGACGGCUCAGUGGUGACAUGGGGCAGCGCCUACCAGGGAGGUGAUAGUGUGGCUUUCCAAUCAAAGUUGCAGGACGUGGUGAAGAUUUACUCUUCAGACUAUGCCUUUGCUGCCGUUCGCGCCGAUGGCUCGGUCGUCACCUGGGGCAAUGCCUGUGCCGGUGGGGACAGCUCGUCUGUCCAG